CGUCGCGAGGGGAAGCGUGCGCGCGAUGCCGCGGGGCUUCGCGAGGGGUUUCUCGCGCCGGUUUAUUUUAAAGAAACACUGAUUCCUCCGGCGCACUGCUCUUAUCGCGUGCCCACCGGGCUUUUAACGCACGCACAGCGCGAGCGCAGCCUGGCAGGGGCAGAUACGUGUGUUUUUAAUCGAAAGCGCCGUACCUGUUUCGGCGUGGCGCGUGCAAGUCAUCGAACGCGGCGUUUAAAAAGGCGAAAUACCUGCGUGCUGCAUCUUUAUGGUGGACAAAAAAAAAAAAAGAUUAAUCGCCACCUUGAUAGCAAAACCCGAUCAGUGGCCCUUUAUGUGGCCAGCAUUCCUGUCUCACCCCUCCCUCGGUGUGUGUUUUACCUUUAACGUGUAUAAUGCUCAUAUUGAAUAUUUUUGCAUCGUUAAUGCACGCGCUAACUAUCGCUUUUAGCGUUCACGAUGCUCUUAUAUAAUAGCCUUUUCCAUGGGUGAAGAUGCCCCGAUGAAGAUUUUAUGGCAUCGGUGCUUGUUUCAUCAGAUACACAAAAGCAAACCUCUGUUUAUGAGAGUAAAGCUGGUUUUCGCUGGUAUCUGUUGAGUGCUUUCUGCUUUGUUGGUGUGCUUGUGUUUCAUUCGGAUCACCAUGGCUAGGUUGCAUUAUGAGCCAACGUUGCAUUAUUGGUUUGUUUUAUUUUGUGUCAUGCAAACACGAGUAACUUUUCACCCAACGUUGUGGUUUUAUGCUGCAGUUCGUAUGAGAAAGUAUAUUUUUGGGUGUUGUGACAGCUUACCAUUGCUUCUGUCACUGUAGUUCGGCAAGCAGUGCAAUGAUUUAGUAUUUAUUAUUACUUUUGUAGGUUUGUUUCUAAAAAAAAUAUCCUAGGUGCUGUGUUGUUUUGCAUUAUUAAGUGCAUUAAGUGCUUUUGUGGUUGCAGUCGUCAUGGCUCUCGUUGUUAUUUAAAUGAUGCAUAAAUGUUAUAAUAAAUUAUUUUACUUCUAUAUCUUGAGGAGAGCUUGAAGGACCCUUUUAAUCUCAUGCAUUUUAAUGGGCUGGGGGAGGGGGCUUGUUUUACAGUGGUUGGUGGGUUUAGAUCAGUGCCACGCCAUUAAAGUAACUCCCUUUCUGGGUGACAGUUUGCUUGAAUGAGACGUGGAAUUACUUUUAGCCAAAGAUAUGGCCAUUUUGUGUGAGGAAAGCCUGUCGGGAGUCUUGUGCGUGCUGCCGUGAUGAAUGUUUUUAAGGUUUCAUAGGUGAAGAAAAAGAAGUUGGAAAUGGAAUUGCCAAAUCAUGCCAAACAAUUGCUGCUGCAGCUAAACCAACAAAGAGCCAAAGGUUAUCUGUGUGAUGUGAUCAUAGUAGUAGAAAAUGCCCUUUUUCGGGCCCACAAGAACAUCCUGGCAGCCAGCAGUAUCUAUUUCAAAUCCCUUAUCCUUCAUGACAACUUGAUUAACCUCGACACAGACAUGGUCAACCCGUCGGUUUUCCGACAGGUUCUGGACUUCAUUUAUACUGGCAAGCUUUUGUCAUCUGAUCAGUUUAGUGACCACAAUUUCAAUGCCCUUCUAACGGCAGCAAGCUACCUCCAACUUCAUGACCUAGCUGCUCUCUGCAGGAAGAAGCUCAAGCGUAAUGGGAGAUCCCUUCUUAAUAAACCAACCACACCUACCAAUGGAAGAACGUCUAGGAACCAAAGGCUGUCCUCUACACCUGUAACUCCAAACCAAAUGUCAGGGUUAAAAGACAGUGAGAAGACAAAGAGGCAUGAGGAACUACUCAAAGAAGACUUGUCUGAGGACGAGAUGUUUGUGAGAAACACCCACUGUGCAACCUCAGCAAAUUCGCUCAGUCCCUCAACGAGUAAGAAUGGAAGCAAUGGCAGUUGUGGCAUGCAGGAACUCGGCCUGGACCUUUCCAAGAAAAGCCCCUCAGGGAGCACAGCCACUGAAGAAGUAAGUCCCAGCAGCAUCCCACAAGAAUCACCUCAAUCUGCCUCAGAAUCCACAGCCAACAGUGCCUCAUUUGAUGAGAACACCAACACGCAGAACCUCACCGCUGGAGAGCCCAUGGAGUUGGGUGGAGGAGAAUGCGAAGAGAGCCAACCACCUCCGGAUGUCGAACAGCAUAAAAGUUCCCGGCAGGUCGCCCGGCAGAGGCGGCAAGCCAAGAGUGAAGGCAACAAGGGCGAAGAUGCAGAGCGAGGAACUUUACCCAACGGAGUUGCCAAAAGAUUGAACGUGGCUGGGGAGAGGCAGCCUGUUGGAGGAAAUGGAAAAUCCGAAGUAUCCUUCCAGUGUAAAGAUGAUGAGGAAGGUUUAGAGAACGGACAGGAGCAAAGUGAAGAGAGUGGACAGAGCGAGAGUGAAGGUGGGCGGAAUAGCGCCAAUUACGUCUAUCGCCAGGAAGGCUUUGAGCCUGCCCUUGGCGACAACCUUUACGUUUGCAUCCCCUGUGGUAAAGGCUUCCCGAGCUCAGAGGAACUGAAUGCCCAUGUGGAGACCCACACAGAGGAAGAGUUGUACAUCAAAGAAGAGGAUGAUGAUUCCUAUCCAAAGGAAGAUGAAGUAGAAGCGGAGGACUUGUCUUCACAAAUAACCCAUGUCCAUGGUGCCGAGUCGCGUCGCUUCAGCUGCUCGGUCUGCAACAAGAGCUACAAAGAUCCGGCCACUCUUCGACAACACGAGAAGACCCACUGGCUCACCCGUCCCUUCCCCUGCAACAUCUGCGGCAAGAUGUUCACCCAACGUGGCACCAUGACCCGCCAUAUGCGCAGCCACCUGGGGCUGAAGCCAUUCGCCUGCGAGGAGUGCGGUAUGCGCUUUACCCGCCAGUACCGGCUCACGGAGCACAUGCGGGUUCACUCAGGUGAGAAGCCGUAUGAAUGUCAGCUAUGUGGGGGCAAAUUUACCCAGCAGCGAAACCUCAUUAGCCACCUACGAAUGCAUACCUCCCCGUCAUAAGCCAAAGACACCUUGAACAGGAGACCCUCAGCAAAAAGAGUCAAUGCACACCUCUUCCUUUUGAAGUACACUGCAAGGAGCCGAUAACCCAAAGCAGGAUUCUCUUCUGCUGUUAAUUACAGGAGGAGCCUUUCAAACAACGAGCCCCAACAAUGGAAAGAAUAAACCAAUCGGUAUGAGUUUAUGGGCAUAUGAUUUUUUUUUUUUUCCUUUUUGAAUUUUGCUGUGAAUGUAAAGCAGGGGUACUGAUGCUGUUGUAUGAUUCCUUGGAAUAUUGUGACCACUCUCAACCACUGCAAUCCAUGCAUUGCUUUAACAAGUCCAUGUGGUCUGUCUGAUUGUUUAGGGCUUUUUUAUUUUUAUUUUUUUGGGUAUCCCAGUGUUACGUCCUCCUUGCCUCUAGGGGAGGAAUAUUCCUUCUUUCUGUUCUUGGUCCUUGAUAAAGCAUCAAUCUUGAGAGUUCUUGUGGUAUAUUAUAUGUAAAACUCUCAGCAAGGUUUGGGCUUGUACUGACCAAGUCAUUCUACAUACAAAGGUUCUAAUUCUCUGAAAUGUCUCCUAAGGGUCUCAAAGAUAGUGUUGUCAGACAUGCAAGAUGGCUUGUCUGUCGUCAUUUUAAGUGGUGUUUCAUAAAAGCUUUGUGCAUCCAACCAAACAUUUCCCAGUAUACCUACUCGGCACAUCACAUCCAUUGGCUUCAUUCUAGGUGUAGCUGGAAAACAGGGUCUUUGUAAGUUUUGUAGUGAAUCUGUGAGCAGAUUUAUCAUGGAUAUACCCUAAUGUACCCUGCACCUACAUCUGGAUGCAAGCCAGUGGCAAAGUGGUGACGAGAGGCCAUGGGCAUCUUUUUUGUCGUUUACUCGCAUAGUAUAUAGGGGUUUACUCUCAAAGAAAAGCCAAACUUAAAGGUACUUGUUUUUAGGUUUCUUUAGAUAACUUAUUGAUAUGCUUCUGUGAAUGUUUUAACUGGAAGUUCUUUCCUUUUUAUUUCCUUGGGAUCAGAGAGGGUUGGGUUGGUUUGGGUGAUGGGUUGGGCAGGAUUCGUUUUAGUGAUACUGAACUUAAGAAAUUCUGUCGGUACUGUUAUUUUUCACUUUUUUUUUUUUUUUUUUUUUUUUUUGAUUAUGUAUUUUCCCUUCACUGAACAAGGCGAGCCGGAACGGUCUCGUCUCAUUGCUACCUCUUAAUUAAGAACAAUACAUUAAUUGGAACUAUGGAGGUCUCUAAAUAUAGAUGUAUAAAGUUUGCUGAGGCUUUCAAAGUAGUUGUAACCUGCCCAACAACAAAGGUUUUAAGUUCUAAAAGCAUUAAUGUAGAGUAUAGCUUCUUCGGGCGCAUGUAUUUAAGGUAUUGAGAGUUUUAUGUCAGAGAAAUCCAAAGAAAUUUAAUAUUGGGGAGAAUGGCUUACCAACAAACGUUUCCUGUAGAAUAUCCCUACCAAAGUUUUUUUAGAUUUGCAUUACAGGAGGUAAGGAUGUACUUUUGUCUUUUAGUUCUUGACGAAGAGCAAUGUAGUGGGAUGUUAGUUUGUACUUGACAUUUUACUAAAAACCAAUGAACUUCUUCUGGUGGUUGGUGGGCCGCUGGCUUUCCGUUUUUUGAAGUUUACAGUAGUUUUUCAAGAAUGUCUUUUGGAUUCUUUCUUUGUCUGCAGAGAGACUUUGAAGAACUUCAGAAGGACUAAUUGAUUUUUAGUUCAGACCAAGAGAAAGAACUGCAUAGCAAGUGUCGUAGGUUCUUGUGUUACAUGUCGACCACACUUGGAAAGCUUACCGAAUGAGGAGGAAUUGAUGCACUGGAUUGCUUAUUAGCCAUCGGCCCUAAAUAAAACCUUGUUCUAAAACCAUGCGUCAAGUAAAAACCAUUAUCGUUAACUCAUUCGAGGUAUUAUGUAAAGUAUGCAUGUUGAUAAGAAUUUAAGGUUAUUCAAAACGCUGGUAAUUGUGUCGGGUGAAUGUUACAUGAUCAGUGUUGGGUAGACGCUGAUGCAUGUAUUUAUAGUUCAGUGCUGAAUUCUUUGCUGCCAUCUUCAUUUCAUAACUCAGUUACGGAUAAAUUAUUUCGCCAAUCCCAGUGUAUCACAUUCCAUGAAUAAUUCUUAGCCUUCUUAAUGUAAAAGUCUUAAUGGCAUUCCUUUUUUUGGGAGGGUAUUUUUUUCCUCUGGUUCUUUCUCCAAAGUCUUGUGUUUGGGCUUGCUAAAGAUGAACUUUGGGGUGCAGCUAUAGUCGCGUUCACGGAGCAGUGUUUACAAACGCCUUUUUCCUGGAAUUCUUUCGGUCUUUAAUUUGCCAGCUAAAACUUUGUUGUUGUUUUUUUCAUUUAUUAUUCAAGUCAGUGUACUGUGCGACUCCAUUUCAUUUAGACGCAGUAUUCAUGCGAUUUCAGCACAGCACCAAAGCUAACCAAAAUAGCCAGUUAUACUUUAACCCAAUGCAAGUCACCAAAAUGUCUUAUUUUCUAAGUUGUGCACAUCUUGGAUGUUAGAUUUUGUUUUGUUACAGUAUAAGUGUGCUCUGGCGUUGAUAUACACCUCAACUCAGGGAGACUUUUUAAAUGUUUUAAAUAUUUUUUUGGUUGUCACAUGUACUGAACAGGAUUCCAGGAAAAGGUUCCCAUUGAUAUCUUGCUAAUUUACGAGCACUUAAUUCGAAUACCAUCAAAAAAACUAUUUCUUGGGUGAUGCGAGGCUCUGUUGUCGAUUCCAGCGUUUCAGACUAUAGCUGAGAGAACCGGGAGAGCAAGAAAAAAAAAAAAAAAAAAAAGGAUGACAAAGUUUCAAACUGUGACAAUAAUGUUUCUACUUCAAAGCUUCAGGGAUAGUUCUGCAUAUUUUGAAAUGCGGAGCUUUCGACUACAUUUGUAAGACUGUGUCAAUACUGUGUCAAUUUCUGUAUUUUACUGAUGAAAAGCAAAACACUAGUUUCCUACGAAAUAGAUUUUACGAGUGUGUUCCCAUUUCAAAACGCCUUCAAAAAAAAAACCAACAAAAAAAACAAAAACAAAGCCAGAGAUGUACAUGGAAGAGUUUUACUUAAGUUCUAGAGUGUUUUUGGAAAAAAAAAAAAAAAAAAAAGAAAAAAAAACCAAGCAUUCUAGUAAGCGCAAAAUGUAUAAACGAAUAAGAUGAAAGCUCAUACCCAAAUUUUCUGACUAUUUUCUAAACCAAAGCACAUUUUGAAUGAUUGAUUGAUUGAUUGACGGCUUGUCUGACAUUUAAAGAUACUUGUGUAUAAUAUCUCAUUGUUUACAUAAACUCUUUACAGUCAUAGACCUCAGGUGAGGGGAGGCCAGUUUGAACCUGCUUCUGUGUAGGCCGCCGUCUUUAAACGAAUCGUAACCGUGUGUCUUACCCUGUGAACGUAGCCGCAUGCUUUUGACUUGGAUGGGCUGCUACUUUUAUUGAUCUGCGAUUGGCCCUUUAAGAUGUGCCGAGACAUCCCUUCUGAAAACCAUGUUGUCGACAUCAUUUUUAUGAAUCUGCUGCUUUUUUUUUCUUUUCUUUUUUUUUUAUGUAAAUACGCAUGAAUAAAACUACAUACACAUUUACCUCAAAGUAACUUUUUAGAACUUGCUGCAUAUAUAUAGAUAUAUAUAAAUAUAAAUAUAUUUUAUUAUUAUUAUUUUUAUUUUUUUUUGCAUCAUCUCUCUCUCUUUUAGCUUUAGUUUUUAAAAAAUGUGUUGUAUGUAUUUUGAGCUGCCUGUUUUUGCUUUUUUUUUUGUUUUUAUUUUUUUUUCUUUUCUUUGUCCGCAAAAGAAGCAACUUAAAAACCGACUGGCCUCUCCUCCAUCUACAUUGGUGCAAACACUUACUGACAGUGUUCACUUUUUUUAUCAAAUGUCUAUUGUCAGUGAUGAAUGUAUUUAUUUGUUCGAUCCUGUUUUCACUUUUUAAGCGUUCACUUUGGCUGAGACGAUGUGUCUUCAGGGUCUAUUCUGUUGUAGUAAGCUGAGAGGUACAUAAAAAAAAAAAAAAAAAAAAAAAAAAAUGACACAAGGCAUAGAUCAUUUUCAAACCUGUGAAGACGUAGACAUGAGGAAUGUAUUUCUCCAUGAAGUGUCCAUCAUAAAGGAUGUAUCCCACAUCAUUUUUUUUAUUUUUAUUUUUUUGUUCUAAUCUUAUCUCACUCGAAGCAUGCAUGUGCUCUGGAUCAUGUGUUUCCUGUCACGGUCACUUGAAGGCUGUUUGUCGAUUUUUAAAUGUUCUCUGUCUGUACGCCUCUGCCCGCCGAUACAGGAAGGGACCUUUUAGAAUUAUGUCAAAGGCAUUCAAGCUUAUGUUUUCCGUACUGAAAGCUGCCGUGUUGUUGCUCGCUGCGAUUCAAGGCUGCCGGUCGAUUCCAUUUUUUUUUUUUUCCUUUAAGGGACUUUUAUUUGCAAAUGCCCAACGGAGCCAAAGGUUUUUCCUGAGAAACGCUCUCAUCUCAUUUUUUUUUUU